UCCGCCCUCCCUCUACCCCUCACAGAUAGGUCCAAUGUAACCAUGCGGAACCAAACCACCGUGACCGAAUUCAUCCUCAUUGGCUUCCUCUACUCCCGCCAUCUGGAAUGCCUCAUUGCUGUUGGCUUCCUGGCCUCUUACUUGCUGAUCUUGUCUGCCAAUAUCAUGAUCAUUGCCAUCAUCCUCUUAGACCAUCACCUCCACAGCCCCAUGCACUUCUUCCUCUGGAACCUUUCCUGUUUGGAGAUUCUUAGUACAUCUUCUGUCCUACCCGAGGUGAUUUCCAGUUUUCUGACAGGUGACAGGUCCAUCACCUACCUGGCUUGUAUCACUCAGUGCUACUUCUACUUCUUUCUGGGCUGCAGUCAGUUUGUCCUGCUGGCUGUUAUGUCCUAUGACCGCUAUGUAGCCAUCUGCAACCCACUGCAGUACACCAUGGUCAUGAACAUUCAGCUCUGCUUCCAGCUUGUAGUGGCAUCGUGGGCAAUGGGGUUCCUGGCCACCAUCAUUCCCAUCAUUCUGAUCAUCACCCUGCCCUUCUGCAAUGCCAACCAGAUUGACCACUUCUUCUGUGACAGCUUGGCCUUGGUCAAGCUGUCCUGUGUGGACACGAGCUUUGUGGAGUUGCUGAGUUUCAUGACCUCCUCCGCCAUCCGACUGGGCUCCUUGAUCCUUAUGGUGAUGUCCUACACUUAUAUUGUUGCCACUAUCUUCAGGAUAACAUCCCACUCAGGACGCAACAAGGCUUUCUCCACCUGCUCCUCCCACUUCAUCAUCAUCACCAUGGGCUAUAGCAGCUGCAUCUUCAUGUAUGUCCGGCCUUCGGGCAGAGACAUCUCGCUCAAAAAGCUGGUGGCCCUGCUCAACACAGUGGUGACCCCUCUCAUGAGCCCCUUCAUCUUCAGCAUGAGGAAC